AUGAUAUCUUGCUCUGAUGAUCUUCGUCAUAUGACGGAUGAAAGCUUAGCACCUUUUCUCUGGAAUCGAAGGAGAUUAGCUCGGAAACAGCGUCAGCAUGAAUAUUCCAGUAAAGCCAAUCGACAGCUGGUCAAGAGGAAUCAGGCGUCGUCUUCUGGUGGAACCGACCUUCAAAUCUCUUCACCCAACACUUUCACUCGAAAUGGUAUUAGAGAUAGAAACAGGAUAGACGCGGCGGCGAUUGGAGCUAGUGGGCUGACAGUAGUUUUUUAUAAAAUACGUGGUCCAUGUGGCAAAGGCCUGACUAUGACACUUACUCAUAGGCUUGAGCCUCGAAUUAGUCACCCAGACGCAAGGUAG